AACAGAGGCGGGGAGGAGCCUGAUCAGUGGGCGGGGCCUGGUCUCGGGGCGGGGCCUAAGGACCAUGGCAAACGCCUUGGUGUCCAGGCCCUUCAGCGCUCUCUGUGACCUGCACCCGAACAUGGCGAGCGCGAAAAUAAUCGGUUUAGUUAUUGGAAAAACAGAUGUCAAAGGCUUUCCAGACAGAAAAAAUAUUGGAUUAGAGAGAUUUACUUUUAGUUUCACCAUCCGAGACUCACCAACACAUUUUGUGAAUGCAACUGCCUGGGGCAAUGAAGAUUAUAUCAGAUCACUCUCUGACAGCUUUCGAGUGGGUGAGUGUGUGAUAAUUGAAAACCCCCUAAUUCAAAGAAAGGAAAUAGAAAGAGAAGAAAAAUUCAGUCCUCCAACUCCUAGUAACUAUAAACUAUUGCUCAGUGAGAAUCACUCAAAGGUGAAAGUUUGUUCCAGUUAUGAAGUGGACACCAAGUUACUUUACUUGAUACACUUACCUGUUAAAGAGUCUAGGGAUUAUUAUUCACUGGGUGAUAUUGUUGCAAACGGACAGAGUCUUGAUGGAAGAAUAAUCAACAUGCUUGCAGCUGUGAAGUCAGUUGGAGAACCAAAAUAUUUUACAACUUCAGACCGAAGAAAAGGCCAGAGAUGUGAAGUCAAGCUUUGUGAUGAGAUGGAGUCGGCUUUUGCAAUGCUCUGUUGGGAUAAUGAAUUCAUUCUACUGGCACAGAGCUGGAUACCACGGCAAACAGUAAUAUUUGCCGCGGAUGUAAGAAUAAGUUUUGACAAAUUUCGGAAUUGUAUGACAGCAACUGUAAUUUCAAAAACCAUUAUUACAACUAACCCAGAUAUACCUGAAGCUAAAUUUCUCCUGAAUUUUGUAAAAGAAAAUAAAGAAAUAAAUUCUCUAGGUGAUGAAAUGAACAGUUAUUUAAAAGAUUCCAUAAACUUAAAUACUAUAGUUGAUGUCUAUACAGUCGAACAGUUAAAGGUGAAAGCUUUGAAGAAUCAAGGAAACACUGAGCCUUUCUAUGGUAUUCUCUAUGCUUACAUUUCUACACUGAACAUUGAUGAUGAAAGCAUAAAAGUAGUUCGAAAUAGAUGUUCAGGCUGUGGUCACAUAGUGAAUGAAGCAUCCAGUGUUUGUGCCACUUGCAACAAAGAUUCUUCUGGAUUUGAGUCUGUUUUUCUCAGCUUUGAUAUGCUGAUUGAUCUCACAGAUCACACAGGGACCCUCCAUUCCUGUAGUUUCACCAGAAGUGUGGCUGAGGACACUCUGGGUUGCACGGCAAAUCAGUUUCUUGCAAUGUCAGAUGAACAGAAAACAGCAUUAAAGUGGCAAUUUCUUUUGGAAAGAAGCAAAGUUUAUUUAAAAUUUUUCCUGUCACACAGAGCAAGGGGAGGAUUGAGAAUCAGUGUGCUCUCGUGUAAGCUUGCGGACCCUACUGAAGCAAGUAGGUGCUUGUCUGGACAAAGAAAUCUUUGAAACCUCUGUCGCUUUAAACUCCAGAAAGGGAAUUUCAGCUCCCUUUAAAAUGAAAAAUGAAUUUGAAAAUUACGGAUGUUCAUUGUAUUCAAAUGUAAAGAUGUUUCUAUAAAUUGUUGUU